AUGAAUGGGUUUAAACUUAUUGAUAAGGUGCAAAAAAAAAACAUUCCACAACCUUCAAGAAAUCUUCAAGAAAAACUACAGCUGCGGUAUACAGAAAUUGCUAGCAGGACUCCGCCACCUCCAGCUCUACCCGUGGGUCCAAGUCAUAAAUUUGCCAACAACUAUUAUUGUUCACGUGAUGGACGCAGAGAAGCUAUGCCUCCUUCAAUUAUUAUGUCUUCCCAAAAGGUUCUAGCUGCUGGAGAAAACUUAGUCAGCUCAGAUUCAGCGGUUUCAAAAGCUACAAAAAAGCCAGUGGCGCCUGGAAUCUGCCCUCCCAAAUGGGAAUUGUCAAGUGAUCAACCAUACCUGUGA